GGUGCUUUGGGGGUUGGGGGACUGUUUUUCUUUUGUGGGGGGAGGGGGGUGGGGGGGGCUGUUGAGUGCGCAGUGAGCCAGGUGCUUGGUACCCUCCACUGUUCCAAACGAGCGAGUGCCCUCCUGGAGGAUACGGGUUGCACCUGUAUUCCAUUGGGCGAACAAUGUUUGAAACGGACCGUGUAUCUCAAGGACAUGUUGAACGGUUAAAUCGCAUGCACGAGGUCUGGGUCCCAACUCAAUUCCAUGUUGACACAUUUGUGAAGAGCGGCGUCAACAAGUCUAAGAUACGUAAAGUGGUGCAGCCAGUGGACACCGACUUCUUUGACCCAGCAGCUAUCAAAGAUUUUCCGUUACCUUUUGGGGUACGUGUUUUUGGAGAACCACCUGGCGAGAGUGUUGACAUCAUUCCUGCGGAGACUUUUGUGUUCUUGAGCAUUUUCAAGUGGGAGACACGCAAAGGCUGGGAUGUACUUAUCAAGGCAUACCUGCAGGAGUUCUCUGGACGUGAUAAUACGAUUCUGUAUCUAUUGACAAAUCCUUAUCACUCCGACAGAGGUUUUGAGCACAAGGUACAUGCAUUUGUGAAGAACCAGGGGAUAAAGAAGCCUGCAAAUGGAUGGGGAGCAGUCCAUAUUGUUGAUAUGCAUGUCCCUCAAGACAAUCUUCCUGGUGUUUACAAGGCGGCCGACGUCUUUGUGUUGCCCUCACGAGGGGAAGGGUGGGGGCGUCCACAUGUUGAGGCGAUGGCCAUGUCUCUACCAGUGAUUGCAACAAACUGGUCUGGUAUGACCGAGUACUUGACGGAUAGUAACAGCUAUCCACUGCCAAUCGAUGGCCUUGUGACGGUGGAAGAAGGCCCUUUCAAGGGUCAUCUAUGGGCAGAGCCAUCCAUCGAUGCGCUGAGACGAUUGAUGCGCCAUGUGUAUGAGAACCCGGAAGAGGCAAGGAAGAAGGGAGCCAUAGCCAGAGAAGAUGUGGUGAGGAAGUACUCUCUGGCGGUCGUCGGUGCACAAGUGGUGCGGGAGCUGUGGAGAAUCCAUGAGGUGACGGAAGUCGGAGGGCAUUCCGACUUCAAAGCUACGAAGUCGAUGACCUUGAGAUAUCUUGAUUGCACUGAUGAGCCGCAGGUAAGUGAUAUGGCUCUCGCAGGCGAUCUACAACAUGCGGCUGCUCAUUGGAUCUCCACCCUGCAUGAUGGUCGGCACCGACUGCUACAGAUGGUGGCUGCUCUCUCUUCGCCGGCGUCGAAAUGGAUGGAGGUUGAUGGGGGAGCGACCUCCCUGUUCCGCUGGGUGGAGAAUACCAUGGAGCUCAUGUUGGAGGUGGUCUGGGUUUUGGAGCAGGGACCCGAUUCUAUGCUUGAUGCCCUCCUCGAUCAGCGCCAGAUGGACGAUCUUAUAAGCCAGUGCUACGAGCUGCUAGACGAGGGCCAGGUUCAGGGGACGGCCCUGGUCCAUCGCUUGAGUGGAGCGCUGCCAGUGAGCAUGGGUGCUCCUGAUCAGCUACUUGUCACCCACUCAGGAAAGGCAGUGCAGGGGCCAGCGCUGGUGGAGCGCUUGGGCGGAGAACUGUCAGUCAACUCAGCGGCAUAUGGGCAGUCUCCUAUCACUCAACCUGUUACGACAUCUACAACAGGAUCACAUAUUAUCACUGCUAUAUCGACUACAACAUCUACAUCUGCGACGAUUGCUCCUGUGUGCAGUACGGAGUUCAUUGACAUUCAAAAGGUGACGGAUGCUCCUGUGGGCAUCAAGGAGAUAUCAAACAAGUCGGGAGCUGUCUCUAUUCAAACAAUUGCUUCGGCGUGCAUCGCGACACCGUCUAACGAAAUGGGGGGAUUUUGCAAUCAGGCAUGGAGCUCACCAUCAACAGUAUCGACGAUACUUCCUGCUGCGGGUGAGCUGUCGACGGUUUUGCCGAAGCCAGCGGGGAGUGAGGCUCCUGUGCUUUUAGCGGGGAUAUUAAUUGGCAUGGCUUCACCACUGACAUUGCCUCCAUCACCUUCAUCAAUUGCGCCUGUUGUCCCGACACUUGCUGUGGAGGCUUUGCAUGAUUUGGAGUGUUCUUCUACAAUCAGGGAGACUGUUUCUUACCUUCCAUUGGGCAAGCUGGCCCUCGGGUCUUCACACCGAUAUGUCCUUCUCACCUUUGCCAUUCAGCCUUUCGCACGUGGCGGCGUGGGGUAGUGUGAUGGGAAGUGGAAGGCUCUCCCUCACCCCUCCCUCCUUUCUUGGUUUUCGUUUGUAUUGCUCUGGCUGACAGAAGGAAGAGGGGUGGAGGGGUGCUUGGAGAGGAAGCUUCUGCACCUGCGGCUGAUUGGUGUUUAGCUGUUUUAGUCUGAUGGAUCGUUUCCACCUUGAACACAUGCGCCCACCCUUUUGGCGUGUCCUAUGUUCAGAUUCCGUAGCGGUGGGGUGCCAUGAGUACUGUUAUACCUUGGUCAUCAUCAUUCAGGGUUUCACUUGGUUUGAUGAUCUGUAGGUAAAGAUUCUAAUUUUCUUCCAAUUAGUGUGCUCCCCUUCGGUUUGCGUCUGUGUUAACUACUGUUGCUCAGGGGAAGCUCGACCUGAUUACUAAUGAAUCACUAAACUCUUU